GCGGUCCCUGCUUGGCAAACCGCAAAAGGCAAAAUUCCCAACGUGGCCUGGCUGGCCGGCUGGCCCCCAAAACGUCCUCGUAUUUUGCCCCCUCCUAAGGUGAGGUCUCCCUUUUCCCCCAAGGAUGCAGCUGCUUAUUUCCCUCCCCCAGGCAGAAGCCCAUUCAUCUGUGGCCCCAUGAAACGCAGUCUGAAGACCGUCCCGUUUCGCUGCCAUUUUGAUUGUUUCUGAGAACCGGAAAGCAGUCCAUCCCGUGUCUGUCUCCCAAGUAUACGGAUACUAUACUACUUACACUGAGCGACAACAUUCACCGUUAGACUGCGAGUUCCUCUGAUUCCGUCAUCCCCCUCACCAAAGGUCGCUGGAUGUUUGGGAAAUGAGUGAUCCCUGCGUUUUCGCGCAUCCUUGGUUCGGACCGCCGUCCCCUGCCCUGCUGCUGCCACAUCGCAUCGCAUCUGGGUCGCAGCAGCUCGGGAUUGAGUGAUGGUUCGCCAACGCAGCCGGAGCGAUGUUGCCUCGACCACGUCUCCCAAGAUUAGGCGGUUGAGCAAUGCGCUGCGUAAGAUAUCGAGCAUCAGCUCGGCAAAGGACGAUGGUAGUAGGUCUAGCAGUACGGUGAGUUUUUCUUGAAAUCUCCACAACCCCCCCGGGGGAAAGUUCCCACAUUGCUACUGCACGUUCACUUUCUCCUCCUUCUUCUACUUCCUCAACCACUAACCCACCGGCGCACUGCACCGCUCCCUCUGUGACGUUUUGCAAUGGCGAUGAGACGCUCGAGCUGUCGGACGCCGCUUACACUACAUGAACAGAGACUUGGCGAUUUUGAGUUUGGCGGCGGGGACCCAAUUGACGGGGGACCUGUUUCGUCCCGUGGGUCCAGCUCCGCCGGCGGGGGCCACGGCAGCCGCAGCGGUAGCGGCACCGUGAAUGAGUCGGACGUCCAACUUCGUCAGAUUCAGCAGUUGACGCAACGUGUCGGCUCGACGCUCGCGAGCAAGGACGCCGACGCUGCUUUUAAAGAAUACGCCAAAGUCAAGGAUCAUGUAGCAUUGUGUCGGGCCCUGUUGCGCAACUCCACACCCUCGCCCGGGCCGCCGGGGCAUGCGACCGAGGCGGGGGCGGAAGGAGGUCGGGGACCGUCACGGGAGUCGUCGCUUGAGGUGCUGCAGAGCCCUGCGUCGAUAUUGACUCGGUCUUCGUUUAGCGGGAGGAGUCUCUCGGAAGUAACGACCGGCCAGAGCGCAGGUUCACGUCCGAUGCGUGGGAUUUGCCUGUCUGCCGUCCGCGACUGGAAGGGGUGCAUCGAGUCGCUGGUGGAAGCGCUCGAGCUCUCGCUGUCAGAGACGUAUCGAAGUUACGAGCCCGACGCCACGCCGAGCAUGGUGAAGUCGCUCUUCCGAGAUAAGGCUUUUCGCGCCGCCGCGAUCCAGCAGAUGAGGAGGGCCAGCAUCGUCAAGACGUUCUCGCCCAGCCCGGACUUUUUCCCGCUCUACGACAUACGCUUCAGGAACCACGACCGGGUGAAGCAGGAUCUCGUCGAGGUGACGCGGGUUCUGCAGCUGGGCGAAUCGGGCGUCACGGACGAGAGGCCGGUGAAGGAGCUCGACGUCGCGCCGCGCGGGGACGCCGUUCUCGAGUUUGCGAAUAUCGGAGGAGCUGAUACAGAGGCAGACGCGGAGGCGCUGCCCGUGCUGCGGUACCGCGUCUCGUCGUUUCUGCUGGCCGAGACGUCGCCCAUCUUCGAGAGGAUGUUCACCGGGCACGCGCACAUCGAGGUCCACGACGACGAGGACCUGACGGACCAGCUCGCGCCGCCGCCGACGGCGUACAUCUGCCCCGACGGCACCGAGGCGAAGCUCUACCGCAUGCCGCAGCGCGAAGGCGACCGCGAGCAGGCGCUCACGAUCCUCCUGCACGCGGCGCACAUGCACAACGACCAGAUCCCGCGCGAGGUGACUUUCGAACAGCUGGUCGCGAUUGCGGAGGUGUGCCUGCGGUACCGGUGCACGUCGCCGCUGGAGCUGUUUGUCGAGCACCGGUGGCUGCCGCAGUGGAUCCACCGGGGCAGCGAGGCGAUGCCGCGGGGUUGGUUGCUGAUUAGCUAUGCGUUUGGGUUCCGGCAGCUGUUUACGCGCAUGUCCAAGACGGUGAUUUUGAAUCUUGUGGACGAGGACGAGUUGGAGGGGAUGCACGUGGCGUGGCCGAGGAGGAUCAAGGAGAAGAUUUGGGGGGUGAGGGGGGCCAAGAUGGCGCAGGUUGAGGAGUGUUGCGUGAGUACGAUCCGGGAGUAUUUGAGGCCGCCUUUUCGUGCUGUUGAAGGUGGUGGUGGUGACGGUGCUGCUGUUCCGCCACCGGGCUCGAACUCGAGUCCGGCUGAAGUAGCAUCCACGUCUACGACGAAUACGGCUGCCAACCCGGCCUUGAUGUUCACCAGCACGCCCAGGUGUCCCAAGGGGAGCCACAGCUGCGACGCGACGAAUCUGGGUUGGCUGAUGCUCGUCUACGGCGAGCUCGAGCUUCUGCCCACCAUCAUGAACUCGUCGGUCCUCGGGCACCUGGCAGCUGGCUCCCAGCAGCAGCAAUACUCAUCACCCCGCCGGAGCCUGGCGCAGCUCGUCGACUUGCUGCGGACCAUUGCCAGUCCGCCGCUGGCGGUUCACAAGGGCGGGGUAUGCGAUCCCGCGCCGGCGUUCCGCGCGGCGGUUAAUGAUAUCUAUAACAGCGUGUCCGGGUUGACGUUGCAUGAUGUCAGUGGACGGGCUCACGGGUGGGGGUUGUCGCGGCACCGGUCUACGCAGCCGCAGGCUGUUUUACACAGAGGGCUGAGGAGCUUUUCUGGCGGGAAGAAGGGUGGUCUCCAGAGUGAGCAGCAGGGAGCCCAGGAGCCGCUGGAACAGGAAUGGGGGCAAAAGCAGGACCAAGGGCAGGGCAGGGUCCUCGAGAGGUCUGACGCGGUACGGUUGUUGAUUUUGGAGAGGUGCGUGGAGAGUGUGGAGGGCCUGCGUGCGGCGGCGCUGGUGAAUCGGAGAUUUUAUGAGACGUUUCGGGAGAACGAGGGGGUCUUGAUGGGGCGGUUCGUCGGGGACGCGAGGUUGAGGACGUUGAUGAAGUUGACUUCUAUGGAUGUCGUCGCGGCGGGGGAGAAUAAGGUGCCCAAGGGGGAUGCUGAUGCUAUGAAGGCGGAGGCUGAUGCCGUUCAAAAUGUUGUCUCUAACGAUGAUUUAAAUGGCCGGCUGGUUCGCACACAUGGCGGGGAUGAGAAUGUGACGGAUGUAUUCCUGGCGGUUCCUUCGUCGCCUGGUCCUGGGCCUGGGCCUGGGGGAGGCGGCGGCGGCGGCGAUGUUUCUGCGUUUGAUCAGAGCUCAGAGGACGAGGGCGAGGUGUUGAGCGAGGAUGAGGCGAGGCGGAUAUUGUGGCCGCCCGAGGUGAUGGUCUCGCCUGCACGGGAGACGUCGUCUUCGCCACGGCGGCUGCAGUUACGACCUCUAGAGCCUGCGUCCGGGCCCGAGUCCGGGUCUGGGUCUGAUAUAAUGACGGAGAGAGGGGUGAUGAGGGAAAAGUUCCGGACUGGUGACGCUGCGUUUGUGGAGGAAAAGAUGUUGUUGGAGGGAGAGGAUAAGCAUCUUCGGGAUGAGCGGGAUAGGAGGGUUGGGCUUUUGCCAGGGGAUGGGUGACUGGCUUUCCAUCAUGGGCAUCGGGCUAGAAGCGGAGAGAUCAUGGUUUGGGCAUCGAGCGUGGAGUUUUAUUUAUCUGCUUACUGUGAUAAUUGAGUAGUAUCCUUGAGGAAAACCAUCUCAGGAAAUUGCCCCUGGACGAGGCUCACGAGAUGGAAAAAGACAGCUCAUGCGGACGAAGAACUAGGAGGUAUAACAAACUAGGACGCGACGUCGAGAGCUAUGCAUCCAGAGAAGCUGUUUAUAGUUAUAUCGAAUACAUUAGUAAGAUAGGGGUGUGUCGAAGGGUGAAGGUUGUGCCUUUAGGAUGUAUCUAGCCAUCUGCCACCGAAGACUCGGGCCUACGAGGACAACGGGGAC